AGUGGCGUAAUUGGUUGAUGACACAUUCAGUGGGCGUGACAGUGAGUUACUAGAUCCCAAGUCUAUUACACCACGCUAACUUACUUACCCCAAUAACCGGUAACCCUCCACUUUUAUCACCUGCUAUACCCGGUCACUCAUUCAUCAUCCAUAUCAUAUCAUAAAACACGACGACACAGUCAGUUUUCAUUUUCAACCUCAUCGACAUAACAUUGCUUCUAAAUUCCACUCUCUCUUCGCUCGCAGAUCGUGUCGCCUUCACCUUUGGCAAAAGAUGGCAGGAACUGAAGAUGAAGGGGAAAAGGCUUCUCGCGGUAAUGAUUGGGAGGUUGUAUCUCUCACGGCUUCAACUUAUGCAGCUGCUCCUGGUCCUGAUGAAGUUGAGUUGAAAGAUGAUGACAAGGAAGAUGCAUAUGCAUCGGAUGAAGCUGAGACUUCAAAUGCUUUGUUUAUGUCUGGUCACUUUGCCUUUCCACCAAGUAAGCAUGAAAACUUGCCAUUGGAACCUGACUAUGGUGAGAUUCAUAAUGAAUCUGGAGACAAAGAUAUUGCCCCUGAAGAGACUCGUGAAGAAGUGACCAUGCCUAGUGGAAAGGAUGAUGAAAACUUGACAUUAGCUGGAUUGGAUGUCUCAAAGGAGUUUGAGGAUAUGCAAUAUUAUGAUGAGAAAAUCAACAGAUUAUCUGUUCAUGGCAAACAGUUUGAGGAAGGUACAACUUUACCAGAUUUUGGUUUGACCGAAAAAGAGGACAGUUUGUAUCGCCCUGCAAAAUACACUUCAUUCCCCAGUGAACCAGCUAUUGGUGCUGUAAAAGCAUAUGAUGAAAGCAUGGUUGAGUCUGAAACAACCGAAUUGGCAGAGCAAGAAACAAUUGCAUCUCCUGAUUUAUCACUGUCAAAGAACUCUUCCAAAGAUGACGAACAAAACCCUUCAGAUCUUCCUUGCGGAGCUUGGUGGAAGAGAAGCGCUGCCUCCAUAUAUGCUCAUGCAAAGGAGACAAAUACAUUUUGGUCUGUUUUUAUUGCAGCAACAGUGAUGGGUCUGGUGAUGCUUGGUCAACGCUGGCAACAGGAAAAAGCUUUACAACUUAAGUGGCAUAUCAAUAUUACUGAUGAGGCAAGGGGCAGGGUGCUUUCUCCCAUGAUUCGACUCAAAGAUGUGAUUAUUGGUGGCCACCGCCGUGGCUCCUUGAUCAGAGAAAGCUCCUCCGCUGAAAUCUAAAGUAAAGGUGGCUCGGUGAAGGUAGCUCCUACCAUUGUGGUAGAAGGCUAAGAGCUAAGAUGAUGACGAAAAGUUGUAUCUCAGAGAGGUUGAGAGUGGGAAAUGCUACGUUUGUGAAGUGCAGGUUUGAUACUAGGAUUGCUUGACCUUUACCAUAGUAUGAAUGUGGUUGUUCAAACAUUUUAUAUUGUGAAUUUUCUUGAUCUUUUCCUUGAUUUGCAUUGUAUAUAGCUCUCAAUGAUAUUCAACUUGUUAUGCAUUCUUGUUAUGUGGAAUUGACAAUUUAGACACCAAAUAUCAUAUGUAAAUGAAAUUAAUGAAGUGAUUGUUUUGAUAGCGAGUGUUUAGUUUUCGUCUUA